CGCUGGAGCGCCAGGCCAGAGAUCCACAGCUCCAUCGAGCGCUUCAAGCAGCAGGCCGAGCGCCAGAGCGUCGAGCAGGUGCGCGAGCCGCCCAUGCAGCCGCGCGCAUUGCCGCGCGACAUGUUCCUGGACAAGCGCGUCGAGAACGGGCACACGUGCCUGGCGCCGUUCCGCCGCUCUCGCGUGCGCUCCCCGACCGACUAUCUGGAUGUGGCUGGGCCGCGGGUCGUGGGCUGCGGACCAGUGGUGCGGAUGCGGCGGGGCAUGGGGCCGGAGACGGCCGUGUCGCGUGCGGAAAUCGAGCCCACGUCGCUGAUCAUGGCGCGCGCAACCAAGCUGCUGGCCGAGAUCGAGUCGGGGCUGGACAUGGCGCCGCGCACGAUGUUUGCCACGCCACAAGCUGAGGACGAGUACGUGCGGCGGCAGGUGGACCUGCAAAAGUACCUCGAUCUGCUGAUCGAGUCCGGCUUCCUGACUCCUGCGCACACCGUGACUGUACCAGGCCAACGGCAGCGCGUCGAUUUUCGUCAUGGUGCGGCCAUUGGAGACGCUUCUGGAGCAGACGCCUGAAGCCCUGCGUCUGGACGCCAACGUCUACAUGAAGCUUCUGGAUGCACCGCGCUCGCUGCUGUCCACGGCCGACCUGCCGGAGGGCAUGGCGCGGCUGCCCGAGCG